AGUUGGAGGGUGGGUAAUGGUUUUUGCUGUAACUCAUUUUCCUCCUCCUUUCACGCGCUCCUCCUCAAUCCGGCUCCAUCGAGCUUCUUGUGAGGCUGAACCUGAAAAUGCAAAGCAGAGAGGCAGGACCAAAAUUGAGGAGCAUGCGGGGCAUGCCAGUGGGUCUCCGGGUGCGAUCGGUGAAACUCACUGGAGGGCAUCGGGAGGAAGGGAUAUGAGGGAGUGGGAUACCCGUGGUGCCGUAGAAAUGCUGAAGACAAAGUCGAGCCGAGAAUAAGUGAUUUACUGGGAAGCGUGUCAUUGCCUUGCUUUUUAUUUUGUAGUUUUCUGAUGCGGAGAUAACGUAGGAGCUCUUGGCUGUAGGCAUGUGAUUCCAGAGGAGCGUGAGAGUCUGAAAUGAAGAUACGUCGACUUUUAAAUCAACAAACACCUUCUGAAGGACACUUUGCUACAAUGAGGGAAUUAAGGAAGUAAAGGACUUAUACUCAGAGAUGUCGGAAAAACAUACAUGAAAAAGAUACAUGGGUCUCAGAAGAUAAUUACUCGAAAUAUACAGGGAAGGAAUAAAAUUGAAGGUUGUUUUUCUUAGAGAACAUCAUUUGUCAGAUUUAUUUGAACAAGAAUUUGAAGAUUUAUAUAAUAAGCAGGAUGAAGUUAAAGGAAGUAGAUCGUACAGCCAUGCAGGCGUGGAGCCCAGCCCAGAAUCAUCCCAUUUACCUAGCUACGGGAACAUCUGCUCAGCAAUUAGAUGCAACAUUUAGUACCAAUGCUUCCCUUGAGAUUUUUGAAUUAGACCUUUCUGAUCCAUCCUUGGAUAUGAAAUCUUGUGCCAUCUUCUCUUCUUCUCACAGGUAUCACAAGUUGAUUUGGGGGCCUCAUAAGAUGGAUUCCAAAGGAGAUGUCUCUGGAGUUCUGAUUGCAGGUGGUGAAAAUGGAAAUAUUAUUCUUUAUGAUCCUUUUAAAAUUAUAGAUGGGGAUAAGGAGGUUGUGAUUGCCCAGAACGACAGGCAUACUGGCCCAGUGAGAGCCUUAGAUGUGAACAUUUUCCAGACUAAUCUGGUAGCCUCUGGUGCUAAUGAAUCUGAAAUCUACAUUUGGGAUCUAAACAAUUUUGCAACUCCAAUGACACCAGGAGCCAAAACACAGCCCCUAGAAGAUAUCAGCUGCAUUGCAUGGAACAGACAAGUACAGCAUAUUUUAGCAUCAGCCAGUCCCAGUGGCCGGGCCACUGUAUGGGAUCUUAGAAAAAAUGAACCAAUCAUCACAGUCAGUGAUCACAAUAACAGGAUGCAUUGCUCAGGGUUGGCAUGGCAUCCUGAUAUUGCUACUCAGAUGGUCCUUGCCUCAGAGGAUGACAGGUUACCAGUGAUCCAGAUGUGGGAUCUUCGAUUCGCCACCUCUCCGCUGCAUGUCCUGGAAAACCAUGCCAGGGGGAUUUUGGCAAUUGCUUGGAGCAUGGCAGAUCCUGAAUUGUUACUUAGCUGUGGAAAAGAUGCUAAGAUUCUCUGCUCUAAUCCAAACACAGGAGAGGUGUUAUAUGAACUUCCCACCAACACACAGUGGUGCUUUGAUAUUCAGUGGUGUCCUCGAAAUCCUGCUGUCUUGUCAGCUGCUUCCUUUGAUGGGCGUAUCAGUGUUUAUUCUAUAAUGGGAGGGAGCACAGAUAGUUUAAGGCAGAAACAAGUUGACAAGCUUUCAUCAUCUUUUGGGAAUCUUGAUCCCUUUGGCACAGGACAGCCCCUUCCUCCAUUACAAAUUCCACAGCAGACUGCUCAGCAUAGUAUAGUGCUGCCUCUGAAGAAGCCACCCAAGUGGAUCCGAAGGCCUGUUGGUGCUUCUUUUUCAUUUGGAGGCAAACUGGUUACCUUUGAGAAUGUCAAACUGCAGCCUCAGCAGGGAGCUGAGCAGCAGCAACUGCACCAUGUGUUCAUUAGUCAGGUUGUAACAGAAAAGGAAUUCCUUAGCCGAUCAGACCAACUUCAGCAGGUUGUGCAGUCACAAGGAUUUAUCAAUUACUGCCAGAAAAAAAUUGAUGCUUCUCAGACUGAGUUUGAGAAAAAUGUGUGGUCCUUUUUGAAGGUAAACUUUGAGGAUGAUUCUCGUGGAAAAUACCUUGAACUCCUAGGAUACAGAAAAGAAGAUCUAGGAAAGAAGAUUGCUUUGGCCUUGAAUGAAGUGGAUGGAGCUGAUGUGGCUCUUAAAGACUCUGAACAAGUAGCACAGAGUGAUGGGGAGGAGAGCCCUGCUGCUGAAGAGCAGCUCUUGGGAGAGCACAUUAAAAAGGAAAAACAAGAAUCUGAUUUUCUACCUUCACCUGGAGGAACAUUUAAUAUCUCUAUCAGUGGGGCCACACUGGCUGCCUUUCAGUUCCUCACUCCACAUUCCUUUCUCCCUGGGACUUUGCAUCUACUCAUCACUGCAGUGGUGAUGAAGAACUGGAAAGAGAUUGUUGAGUCUUGUGAUCUUAAAAAUUGGAGAGAGGCUUUAGCUGCAGUAUUGACUUAUGCUAAAACAGAUGAAUUUUCAGCCCUUUGUGAUCUUUUGGGAACCAGGCUUGAAAAUGAAGGAGAUACCCUCCUGCAGACUCAGGCAUGUCUCUGCUAUAUUUGUGCAGGGAAUGUAGAGAAACUAGUUGCAUGCUGGACUAAAGCUCAAGAUGGAAGCAACCCUUUGUCUCUCCAGGAUCUGAUUGAGAAAGUUGUCAUUCUGCGAAAAGCUGUACAACUCACCCAAGCCAUGGAUACUAAUACUGUAGGGGUCCUUUUGGCUGAGAAGAUGAGUCAGUAUGCCAAUUUGUUGGCAGCCCAGGGCAAUAUUGCUGCAGCCUUGGCUUUUCUUCCUGACAACACCAACCAGCCAAAUAUUGUGCAGCUUCGUGACAGACUUUGUAGAGCACAAGGAGAGCCUGUACCAGGGCAGGAGUCACCUAAAAUUCCUUCUGAGAGGCAGCAGCUGCCCAAGGGCAGGCCUGGACCAAUUGCUGGCCACCCACAGAUGCCAAGAGUUCAGACUCAAUAUUAUCCUCAUGGAGAAAAUCCUCCACCUCCAGGUUUCAUAAUGCAUGGAAAUGUUAAUCCAAAUGCUGCCACUCAGCUUUCCACAUCUCCAGGUCAUGUGCACACCCAGGUACCACCUUAUCCACAGCCACAGCCUUAUCAACCAGCCCAGCAGUAUUCCUUCGGAACAGGGGGGUCAGCAAUGUAUCGACCUCAGCACCCUGUUGCUCCUCCUGCUUCAAACGCUUACCCUAACACCCCUUACAUAUCUUCUGCUUCUUCCUAUUCUGGGCCGUCUCAGCUAUAUGCAGCACAGCACCAGGCCUCUUCACCUACCUCCAGCCCUACUGCUUCUUUCCCUCCUCCCCCCUCCUCUGGAGCAUCCUUCCAGCAUGGCGGACCAGGAGCUCCAUCAUCAUCUUCAGCUUAUGCACUACCUCCUGGAACAACAGGUAUACUACCUGCUGCCAGUGAGCUGCCUGCAUCCCAAAGAACAGAAAAUCAGUCUAUCCAAGACCAGGCACCUAUGUUGGAAGGUCCUCAGAAUGGUUGGAAUGAUCCUCCAGCUUUGAACAGAGUACCCAAGAAGAAGAAGAUGGCUGAAAGCUUCAUGCCUCCUGUUCCCAUCACAUCGCCAAUCAUGAACCCUUUGGGUGACCCCCAGUCACAGAUGCUGCAGCAACAACCUUCAGCUCCAGUACCACUGUCAUGCCAAGCUUCAUUCCCACAUAUACAUCUUCCAGGUGGCCAGCCCUUCCAUGGCAUGCAGCAACCUCUUGGUCAAACAGGCAUGCCACCGUCUUUCUCAAAGCCCAAUAUGGAAGGUGCCCCCGGGGCUCCUAUUGGAAAUACCAUCCAGCAUGUGCAGUCUUUGCCAACAGAAAAAAUCACCAAGAAACCUAUUCCAGAUGAGCACCUCAUUCUGAAGACCACAUUUGAGGAUCUUAUUCAGCGCUGCCUUUCUUCAGCCACUGACCCUCAAACCAAGAGGAAGCUAGAUGAUGCCAGCAAACGUUUGGAGUUUCUAUAUGAUAAACUUAGGGAACAGACACUUUCACCAACAAUCACCAAUGGUUUACACAGCAUUGCAAGGAGCAUCGAAACACGAAACUACUCAGAAGGAUUGGCCAUCCAUACCCACAUAGUUAGUACCAGCAACUUCAGUGAGACCUCUGCUUUCAUGCCAGUUCUCAAAGUUGUUCUCACCCAGGCCAAUAAGCUGGGGGUCUAAAAAGACAGCUUCACUCCCAGCCAAUGUUGCCAUUUUUCCAAAGAAACAUGUUAAGAAAAAAGUAUAAGACAUGGACCAGUCUUCAUUAGCAUGUUUCCAUAGCAGCCAGUCAAGAGCAUUUAUACUAUUUCUGCAGAUAUACUCACCUUAGAAUGGCUCAGAACCCUGGUUCUUUCUUUUGUUUUAAUCUUUUGUUGCCCAUGAUGAUUUUCCUAUUCUGCAAAUAGUGUAUUUCCUGGAUUACACAAGUAUGGUUUCCUGAAGUAUUCUUAUAAAAUUUGGUUUUUAAAAUCUCACUAUACUUUUUAGAAAAGGAGCAUCUGGUUAUGCAUAAAGCAGAGCUAAAACUAAAUUUCAUGUCCUCCUACUUCCUCCAUGUCAAUCAGAUUAAAAUGUGUAAUUCUA